ACUUGAAUACUGGUGGGGAAAAAAAAAACACCUUUCGUCAAGGCUUCGACCAUUUUCAGCGUUCAGUGGUUACAACCCAGUCUGAUUUUCUUUUUGCUUUUGCACAGUUUGGAAGUUAACUGCAGAACAAAACGAUGUGGAAAGCAGCAGCUGGUCAUUCUCUCUCUGUUAACGUUGACGAAGGUAACGACGACUGGGAGACGGAUCCUGACUUUGAGAAUGAUGUGACUGAGAAAGAACAGAGAUGGGGAGCAAAGACAGUGGUGGGCUCCGGACAUCAGGAGCACAUCAACAUCCACCAGCUGCGUGAGACGGUGUCGAGCGAGCACUGUGACCUGAAACAGCGCGAGCUGGAGAACAUGCCCAAAGCCUCGCAUGGCUAUGGGGGAAAGUUUGGUGUUCAGGAGGACCGGAUGGACAAGUCGGCUGUGGGUCAUGAGUAUCAGAGUAAACUGUCGAAGCACUGCUCCCAGACAGACACAUCUAAAGGCUUCGGUGGGAAAUUUGGUGUUCAGAGUGACCGCGUGGACCAGUCUGCUGUAGGGUUCGAGUAUGCUGGGAAAACAGAGAAACAUGCCUCACAGAAAGAUUACACCACUGGUUUUGGGGGCCGCUAUGGUGUUCAGACCGAUCGUGUGGACGACAGUGCUGUAGGCUUUGAUUAUCAGGGAAAAACAGAGAAACACGAAUCUCAGAAAGAUUACGCUAAAGGAUUCGGUGGGAAAUAUGGAGUGGAAACGGAUAAAGUGGACAAAAGUGCAGUGGGCUUUGAGUAUCAGGGCAAAACGGAGAAACACGAGUCACAGAAAGACUACGUGAAGGGCUUUGGAGGAAAGUUCGGCGUGCAGACGGACCGCGUGGAUAAAUCCGCUGUUGGAUGGGAUCAUCAGGAGAAACUGCAGCUUCAUGAGUCUCAGAAAGAUUAUAAGCGUGGGUUUGGAGGGAAAUACGGGGUGGAGGUUGAAAAGCAGGAUCAAUGCGCACUUGGCUAUGACUACAAAGAGAGUCUGGCUAAGCACGAAUCCCAACAAGAUUACUCUAAAGGGUUUGGAGGCAAAUACGGAGUGCAGAAGGACCGAAUGGACAAGAGUGCAGGAACGUUCGAUGAAGUCGAGAAACCCACCACUGCUUACCAGAAGACCAAACCACACGAAGCAGCCGGCAGAGCAACGGGAAGCAUCAAGGCUCGUUUUGAGAAUCUGGCCAAGCAGAACGAGGAGGAGGACAAGAAACGCGUGCAGGAGGAGAGAGCCAGGCGAGAAGCCAAGGAGAAGCAGGAGCAAGAGGAAGCUCGAAGAAAGGCAGAGGUGAGCCCCAAAGCUAAAGAUCCUUCCCCUCAGCCCAGCCCCACCUCCACCACUCAGACCUACCAGGUGAGCCCCAAAGCUAAAGAUCCUUCCCCUCAGCCCAGCCCCACCUCCACCACUCAGACCUACCAGUAUCAGACUCCUGAUAGCCAUCAGAAGGCAGAGGAGCCCGAGGAGCCAGUUUAUGAGGUAGAGCCGAGGUCAAAGCAGGAGGACCUCUACCAGAACCUGGACCAGGAUGACUACCAGGCCACAGACACUCAGUCUUAUGACUAUGGUGAGGACCUGGGAGUGACUGCUGUGGCUCUGUAUGACUAUCAAGCUGCCGGUGACGACGAGAUCUCCUUCGACCCGGAUGACAUCAUCACCAACAUUGAGAUGAUUGACGAGGGCUGGUGGAGGGGCGUGUGCAGGGGGGCUUACGGACUUUUCCCAGCCAAUUACGUUGAAGUCCGGCAGUAAGCCCCGCCCACCGGCCGUGCCCACCUCCCUGGAGGAGAGGGGAUCUCCUUUGCACAUCCUUCCAUUCGUAUCCCUUCAUUUUUUCUUCACCUCUUCGCAGUGCUUUAGGCAUUCUCAGGUCUUUCUCCUCUCUUCCUACUUUAUUCCUUCCCUUUUCUUUGCCCCAGAAUAAGCCAUUCUGUGUCACUCUUCCCUGAGCAAAAUCUUACAUUAAUCACACUUUCUUCUCCUCUUUGUUCCUUUUAACAUUUAACACUAGAGUAAUAAAUAGUCUGUAUCUAUAAUGAUACAGACAUGAAACAUAAGAGAUCUACAGAGUUAAAAUCUUGGCAUUGGGUUUUAUUGAUUGUGUACAAGAGGGUGAAAUGCAAGCGUGUAAAUGGCUAUGAUUGCUAACAGGUGGUGUGUUUAGGAAAGGGUUGGUGGAAGAUUUGGUGAUGAACCAAAGAAUGAUGUUGUACUCGGACGCUUCACAUUUUUAAUGGAGAGGCAAAUGUAUGGAUUGAAUUCCUUUAAACAGUUUCGUGACGUUAAUGCAAUCUUUUUAUGGGUUUGGACUGUAUGGAUUUGUGCCCAUUACCACUUUGCGUAUGUAGUUUUGCCAGUUUAGAGCUACAACUUGUACAUUGUGGUGUUUCAGAUCUGAUCUCUCAUCUCUUUCUUUUUAAAUACAUUAACAGCACCAGAUUGUAAAUGUAAUCAUGAAAUUGUGAUUACAAAAAUGCUUACUUUCUUUUCUGUUUAGCCGUCUUUACAUGGCCUGAGACACUCUGCAAAUCCUUUCACGUGACGUGAAUCUGUAGCUUCUUAUCUUGACCUGAUCGACGUUGGCAACACUAAUAGUAAAUAAAUAAAUGUACAAUGUGACCAAAAAGCUAUAACACUAAAAUAUACUAUAACUUUACUGGCAUGCAAUAACCAAACUGCUACCAGUUGAAUUUGGUUCUUUCCAACUGUUAUGGUGAAAAAAAUAAAUAAAGAAAGAAAUAUUUUGUUUUGUGAAAUAUCUAUAGACUCUGAGCAGGAGGAGAAAUGUGGAAAUCUGUCUGUGCAUCCUGGGCAUGCAGUGUUUUUGGUUUUUGUCCUUGUUGAUGUACUUGUGGUUUGUAACUCGGAGCCUCUGCAUUGUUUUCUUCCUGACCAACACAAUGUUGAGAGGUUUUAUGUCUGUUUCUGCUGGAUUGAGUGCACUUUUGACUUGAACGUGGCCUAAUAUUGGCGGUGUCCCAGAAGUGAAACCUGAAAAGAAUAAUGACCAUCAAGAUAUCUUGGUGUAAUUAGCAUUUGGGACAUCCUAUAAGAUGAAUUCUUAUGAAUUCCAGUGUUUGAAACAGAGUGGAUAUCGAUAUAUAGCUUGAUCUUAUCUGAUAAUAUGUAACAGCUUUCCUGGUGCAGUAAUUCAUGAAAUGAUGCAUCCAUGGCUAAGUAGCAACAGCUAAGUGUUUGGGUUUGGGGUUUUAUAAAAAGUGACCUUCUCAGAUCUAUUAUUUUUAUCUGUAUCUUGCUGGCUUACCUCUCAUUACAUGCCUGUUUUUUUUUUGUAUGAAAUGAAAUUUCAGUUAAUAAAAACAUGGAUAGUUAAAAUG